AUGGCAGAACCUGCUCCCGAGACGCGACCUGCCGAUGAAGGCACCUCUACUCCCACCGUCGCCGAAGGCACCCCAGCUGCCACGGAAGACGCUGCGACGCCCAUCUCUCGCGACGAGGACCCCAAGUCCAGAAGAGUGUCUCUUGCCGAUUUGAGCGCCAAGGGCACCGCGCUGUACGCCCACAAGCAGUACGAAGAUGCCGCCGAGGUCUUCUCUCGCGCCAGUGUGCUGCAGGUCGAACUGAACGGCGAGACGGCCCCCGAGAACGCCGAGAUCCUAUUUCACUACGGCCGUAGCUUGUUCAAGGUUGGGCAGAGCAAGAGCGAUGUUCUCGGUGGUCCAGCUGCAGCUGACCAGAAGAAUGCUGCCGCCGUUACCAGCAGCUCGAAACCCGCAACACCCGCCGUGACGGAGGCCCCAAAGGCGGCGCAGCAAGGCGUCGCCAAUGCUGCCGGACAGGCUGGCGACGCUCCCGAGAAGAAAGAGGACAAGACGAAGGAGGGUGGACCUGAUGAGAAGAAGCCGCUGUUCCAAUUUACCGGCGAUGAGAACUUUGACGACUCAUCCGACGAAGAGCAACAAGAGGAAGCACCCGAGGAAGAGGACGAUGACCUGGCGACGGCGUUUGAAAUUCUCGACCUCGCUCGUGUCUGCUACGAAAAGCAGCUGGAGCAAUUGAGCAGGGACGACGAAGCCAGCAAGGGCAAGGAGACCGCCGAGGAUUCCCCAUCUGUCCGGCACAUCAAGGAGCGCCUGGCCGAUACCCACGACUGCCUGGCUGAAAUUUCUCUCGAAAACGAGCGAUAUCCCAACGCCAUUGAAGACGGCCGCACCUCACUCAACUACAAAUUGGAACUCUACCCCGAAGACUCGGAAAUCAUCGCCGAGGCACACUACAAGCUCUCGCUCGCACUGGAGUUUGCGUCGGUGACCAUGUCCGAUGACGAGGGCAAAAACACCAAGCGCGAAGCCAUGGACCAGGGCCUGCGUGACGAAGCCAUCAAGGAGAUGAGCCUCGCCAUCAAGAGCUUCAAGCUCAAGAUGCGGAACAAGGAGGUCGAGGUGGCGACUAUGGCGUCGCCCGAGGACAACGACCUUGCGCGAAAGGCUAUUUUCGAAAUGAAGGAGGUCAUUGCCGACAUGGAACAGCGGCUGGUUGAUUUGAAAAAGGACCCCAUUGACGCGUCUGACCUCCUCGGCGGGCCGCAAGCCAACGCCCUGGGAGGUCUUUUCGGCGCCGCGCUGGGCGAGUCGGCUGCCGAGACGCAAGCUCGUGUAGAGGAGGCGAAGAAGACGGCUACCGACUUGACGGGCCUGGUGCGUAAGAAGAAGGCCAAGGAGGAAGAGAAGCCCGAGCCGGCUGCGCCAGCUACCAAUGGUAAGCGGAAAGCAGAGGACGAGGUGCCCGAGGCUGCGGAGUCUCCUAAGAGGGCCAAGGUGGAGGACGAGCCCGAAGUGGCGAGGGAGUAG